AUGUACUGUUACUUUCAUGUGUUUGAACAACAAAUAGACAAUUAUAACAGAUCCAAGGAACAAUACAGACUCAAAGCCGCCCUUCACCAAAACGACUAUGCCGUCUACCAAAUCCAAAGGUCCAUUCAACGACAGCAAAUCCAAACCCAAACCCCUUACCACGAAUUACCCGAUGAACAUACUGACCAGCCAAAUGAUUUUCUUCCUUACAUCCAUGGACAAAGUGAGCCAAAUUCUAAAGAGCCAACAAUCAAAUCUCGACACCAAAACGGAAGGUGGGAGGAGCUCUUGGAAUCCCUAGAGCCUGGGGAGGACGAGCUUUGGAGAGUUACCCGCAGACUCAGAAGGAAGAAGAUUGCUUCCUCGCCCAUUCACGGAGAGCGCGGAGUGUGCUACUCCCCCGCCGACAAAGCAUUAGUCUUUGCCUACACGAUGGAAGGUCAGUUUGAGCUUAACGUUGACGACAAUGACAACAUCGACCGCAAUAUUCUGUUGGAAGAUCGGGUUCACCGUAUCCUCAGGGAAGAUGGUGACGACAACAUCCGUCCGGCUUCUGUGGAAGAGCUGAAGGACAUAAGAGGAGCUUACAAACGUCACCAGCUUUGUUCUCUAAUUGGGGUCGAAGGAGGGCACUCUCUGGCAGGAAGUCUAGCCGUCCUGAGGACCCUCUAUCACGUCGGAGUGAGGUACUUGACACUCACCUCAACAUGCAACACGCCUUGGGCCGAUUGCUCUCUAGCAGAUAUGCCUGGGAAAAAAGCGGAACAUGGCGGACUAACCAACUUUGGGAAGAGCGUCAUUAAAGAAAUGAAUCGUAUCGGUAUGAUCGUUGACUUGUCGCACGUUUCGGUCAAUACCAUGAAGGAUGCACUCGAAGUUUCUAAGGCUCCAGUCAUCUUCAGUCAUUCUUCGGCCCAUGCUCUGUGCAACUCGACGAGAAACGUUCCAGAUGAUACACUAAGGAAGUUGGCACUGAACAAAGGAGUUAUUAUGAUCAACUUUUAUUCCUUGUUUUUGACUUGCAAGGAGACUUCGACUAUUGCAGAUGCUGUUGCACACAUAAAUCACAUAAGGGAAGUCGCCGGAGUGGACAGCGUAGGACUAGGAGCUGGCUACGAUGGAAUUAAUUUUGUACCUCAAGGUCUGGAAGAUGUUUCUACAUAUCCGACGUUGUUUGCUGAAUUGAUAGGCACUGGGAAGUGGAGUGUUGAUGAUUUGAAGAAACUGGCUGGGAUGAACUUUCUUAGAGUAUUUCAGGAAGCGGAAAGAGUACGGGAUGAGUUCAAGAGAGCCAACGUGCCACCCUAUGAAGACGUUAUGCCGAAGCAAAAGGAAAAUAACUGUUCUUCGCAGAGUAAUUGACUUUCUGAAGGGUUGGUUUCCAUUGUAUUCGCGAAAAGAUCUACAGAAAGUGAUUUCUAUAGUGAAUUUGAUAUUUUGAAAAUUUUAGUAACAAAAGAACAUCCACAAAAAUAAUUUUUCUUAGUUAUGCAGGACUACAAUUAGACAUUAAACUGAG